GGACCCGGAUGCAAACGCGAGCGCGGCUAUAUAAGCACCCCGCAGGCCUCACGCCUUCCUCUUUGAGGAAGACGCGGUCGCCGCUGCAGCGGAGCUCAGUGCCGCCCGCUCUUGUUCCUGACUCACCGCUGUUCGCUCACGCCGAGGAACAAGUCGGUCAGGAAGCCGCGCCGCAGCCAUGGCCUUUAAAGACACCGGCAAGACUCCCGUGGAGCCAGAGGUGGCCAUUCACCGGAUUAGGAUCACCCUCACCAGCCGCAACGUGAAGUCUCUGGAGAAGGUGUGUGCUGACUUGAUCAGAGGCGCGAAGGAAAAGAAUCUCAAAGUGAAAGGACCAGUUCGGAUGCCUACCAAGACUCUGAGAAUAACUACAAGGAAAACUCCUUGUGGUGAAGGUUCUAAGACUUGGGAUCGAUUCCAAAUGAGGAUCCACAAGCGACUCAUUGACCUGCACAGCCCCUCUGAAAUUGUCAAGCAGAUCACUUCCAUCAGUAUUGAGCCAGGAGUCGAGGUGGAAGUCACCAUUGCCGAUGCCUAAAUCAAUCUUUUUAAUAAAUUGAUAAUCAGUUGUUAAA